GUGAAGGCUGCGGCGAAAGCCAAAGCCAAAUUCAUGUUCGUGCGCCCGAACGAACGUGUGAUGCAAUUUGCAGGGCACCAUUUUGUUUAUCGGCCCCCUCGCAGGGAGGAGGAUGAGGAUGAGAGCGAGGAUCGUGAUCCUGAUGCUCGGGGGUCCGACGAGUGA